AUGAAGAUAAAGAUAAAGAUGUUUCUCACAUGCAAAGGAAAUGAAGAAGGUAACAAAAAUAUUUGGUAUUUUGAUAAUGGUGCAAGUAACCACAUAUGUGGUUAUAAGGAUCUAUUUAUGAAGUUGGACAAGACAGUAGGAGACGUUAGCUUUGGUGAUUUAUCAACGAUUCUUAUCAAAGGCAAAGAUGUAAAAGAGAAGAAGAUACUGAGUGAAAUCAGCAAUCUCACUGCAAUCACUCGCCCUAAUACAAGAAGUUUACGUGCACAAUUAAUCACCAAUGCAAUACCUAAAAACCAAAAGACAAAACCACCACCCGUGCCACAAAAUGCAACUGUGAUCAAGAUCAGUCCAAACACCGAAGAAUUGAAGAAACCUAAAUCUUGGUCUUCACAAAACAAAUCUCCUCAAUCGUCACUCACUUCAACACUGACUGCCCGGAGCAAGGUUGCCUAUUGCCCGAAACAAGAAAAUUUUGUAGAUAUUGAUGCUCAAGAUGUUGAUAAUGAACUGGCUGCAGUUGAGUAUGUUGAAGACAUAUACAUAUUCCACAAACUUGUUGAGAACGAAACCAGGGUUAAUGACUACAUGCAUACACAACCUAAGAUGACCGAAAAGAAAAGGGAGAGUCUGAUCGACUGGAUGAUAGAGGCUCGUGAUGCAUUUAUGAAUGAGACGUUGUACCUUACAAUCAACAUUGGUGACAUAUUUUUGGCAUCUAAAACUGCCGCUAAUAGAGAAUUAAGGUGUGUAGGAGUUGUUGCAAUGUUUAUUGCAUCAAAAUAUGUAGAAAUGCUGACAGAUCCAAUGGUGUAUGAUUUUGUGGAAAUCUUAAAUAAUCAGCACGAGAAACAAGAUGUUUUGGUGAUGGAGAAAUGGAUUUUGAGUCAAUUGGAAUGGAGUUUAACAGUUCCCACACCGUAUGUGUUUCUCACGAGUUUCCUCAAAGCCGCCGCAUCCAUAACCCCACUUGAGAUUGAAGUGGAGUAG